AUGCUAUCAGGUGGAUCAAUAUCAGAGGACAGACUGAACAGACACCUUCGCCGUGUCAAUGCAGAAUAUCAUACGCCGCUUGAUAGAACGGACAAAUUACUUGCCCGACUAUGCAAGGAAGGAUAUCUGCUCAAGGUGCGUGAUUCAGAUACGGGUGAAGAGGUGAUUGAAUAUUUCGUCGGCCCAAGGGGUAAGAUAGAGGUUGGCGUGACUGGCGUAUCAGGUAUGGCGAAGGAGGUAUUUGGCAUAGGACAAGGAGGCGAAGGCUCUGAAGAUAGCGAGCAAUUCGAAAAGAGGUUGAAAAGAAGUCUGGGCGUUAGGGAGAGUAAUGCCCCAGAGGCAGAAAAUGCAGGGCCCGAGGCACCACGAAGGAGAGGCCGUAGGGAUGAUGAUGACUCUGAUUGA